GCUAUGGUGAGCUCUGUUAUGGCAACCGCUGCAGUGACUCUGCGCAUGCGGGAUGUACAUCAGGGAGUGGUUGCGGAUCGGGUAGUGACAGGCUUGUCCCAGAAUAGGAGGAAAUGACGUAAAGAAGUGGUCACGUGUCUGCCUAUGUAGCCAAUCAAAGUUAUGUGCACGUAAUUCGAAAUACCAACGUAACCACACUUAGUCGUGUAAUAAUAUGAAAAGGAAUAUUUGAAUGUGUUAUUAUUUUAUCUGAAUAUUUUUAAAUCUUAAGAUGAUAAGUGGUGGAUGUUUUUGAAACUUUUAGACGAGAAAUAUUAUUCUGGAUAUGUAAUAGAGGAAGGAGGCGAAAAGAGUACACAGACUGCGCAUAAUGGCCGCGUUCUUAAUCGGGUGAAGUUGGAAUCUCCUGUUGGUUUAAGGUGGCAAAGAGAGCUUCUUAUUUGUAUAAACUGCCUGUCUUGGUUGUUGCUUAUCUCACCUGCCAUGGUAAGAGAGCGAGUACUGAAGAGGUCAUUUAAGGAGAGCCUUGAAGAAAUGAAGGAAAAGAUGAAGGAAAAAAGAAAUAAAAGGCUGGCCAAGGCUGGCACUUCCAGCAAAGCUUUAUCCUCAAAAAUUACAAACAAGAUCAUCAGUAAUGCAUCUUUCAUUAUGAAAAGCCUUCAGAGUAACAAUAAGGCAUUAGCAUUGGCUCUUCAAGAAGAAAAAGAAAAGAUGCGGCAAGCUAAUGAAAUAAUUUUGACAAUGAAAAAAGAACGUCAGGCUUUAAUGUUUCACAUAAUUGUACUUACAAGACAGCUAAAGCAGGAGCACUCAGAAAAGACUUUAUCUGAGACUACUUCUUCAGAGAAUCUACAAGUUAGAUAUAAUACUGUUAGUCCUCAUUCUUCUGCUGCAAGCACAACUGUUUUUCCUGACGGAUUUCAGCAUACUUCAUCUCCCAUUGUUAGUCAAGAAAAAGACGGCUGGAAAGGUAAAGAUCUUGCAUUGCCCAAAACUGUCACAUACAGACGUCGAGGUCUUGAACACAGACAAGAUAUGCUGCACAGUCAAGAAAUAAAUAAAACGUCUGUAGAUGAACUUUGCUUGAAAACCUUUCACCAACAGAAUGAUUCUGAAAAUAGCUUCUUGGAUGUUGGAGGGAUUAUUAAUAAAGCAGAGGUCUUAACAUCUGACAGUAAUCAGGCAGAAACUGGAUCUUCAGUCGGAGAGUUUGACUGGCAGACGUUAUCACCACAGACCGCUCCCAUACGAGCAAAACAUCCUACACCAGAGCAAACAAGUAAAAGAACUUUACCCAAGACAAAAGAAGAUUCUCAAGUUAAGACCGAAAGAAACAGAAAAGAAAAAUAUGACAGAAGUACUUUGAAAAGGCCUUGGGAUAACAAACAAACUAGAUCAAGAUCAAAGAGCAGAGAGAGAACCAGAAGUGCUCAGAAGAAUUGUCCACCAGAUAUCAUAAACACUUCUUUAGGCUCUAAUGAUGCCUAUGACUUUAAUUGUGAGGAGUGUAUUCAUGUUACCCCUUUUCGGUCCAAUAAUAAACAGACAGAAUCUGAUGAACACAUUGAAAACCAUGCAGCUAUUAACUGUGCCUCUGUAAGCAGUCCAUCAGGAAAACUUGAUGACAUCUCAAUUGCCCCAAACAGAAAAGAGAAAAAGUCAAAACAUAUUACUUACCAAAGUACAAAAUGCAUGGGUAGUCCUCCAAGGAGAGGUAGAUCAAAGAGAAAAUCUUACACAUGUAUAGAAGAAAAUACAAAUAUGGAAUUACCAAUUUUUGAACCAGAAAAUGAAAAGGAUAAGCUUUUUGGUACGUGUAGGGUUGGAUCUGAACCCUACAGUGGGAUUGACAUUUUCAUUGAAGAAGUGAAUGAGGAUGUAGUGAGCAUAUCUGAAAAAUCUUUAAUACAGGCCUCAGAACAUGUUAUACCUUGGAUGGAAUCAGAAGUGGCAGUCACUCCUGUUAAGUCGAUGAAUGAAACAGUAGAGAGCUGUAAAAGUGAAAUAGAUGUUGCAGAAAACAAAGUUUGUUCUGAAAUGCCUCGAACAGGACUCUCUGACGUUACUAAUGUUCCACCGGUAUCAUGUGGAAGAGGUUAUAGAUUUUCUAGCAUACCAUUGAAGAGCAAAGUGUCAACACCUGUACGCAAGCGCAGGUGUACCAUUACUGUGAAUUACAAAGAGCCAACCUUAAAUGCGAAGCUGCGAAGGGGAGACAAAUUUACGGAUACUGAAUUUUUACAUUCGCCCAUUUUUAAACAGUCUAAAAGAGUUUCAAUGAAGAAAAAGAAGCUGGAGCAGUACAAUGAGUCUUUUGUUGGUUGUAGAUAAUAUUUAGGUUAAUAGUGCUGUACAUAUUUUCUAUGUCUAAUCAAGAAGUCAAAAUAAAUUGUUCCGUGCUGUUUGCCAGUAUUCUUGUGUGAAAGUGUUAAAGUUUUAUCUUGCAUAUGUAUCCUAUUACUAAUGUUAUGUUGUUCACUUUUUUUAAACUUCAGAUUGAUCCUUCCUCUAUUCAAUGGCAGUUCAUUUGCCUUAGUAAAUAUCCCUUAAUAUUUAAAACAAAUGCAAUAAAAAAGCAAUUUGCAAUGAAUUUAAUGUUUAGAUUUUGCUUUGAUUGUAGCAUGAUUGUUAGAAUUGUAAUGUUUUCAGAUUCUCUCCGUUUUUACCACUUAUUUUUUUCUUAUAAAAUUAUUGUAUCAAUAAAGCUGCAUAUUUUAAA